UCAUUUAUUUCUUAAGAUAUUAGUUCAUCUUCCCUCAAGCAAGUUGGGCUUUUACUUAAGGUUCUGGACAAUGGACUUUAAAAGCUUGGUACUCUGUCUAGGAUUGUCUGUAGCAUUUUCAUAUGAUAAUAUAUCCUUAAAGAAGAUGGCAACCCAAUCACAUACCUACUCAAACUUGCUUGACGAUGCAAAAUACGGAGUUGAUGGAAAUUCAGCGACGUGCAUGAAGACAUACGACAUUGGUGUUAACAGUUUAAUAGCUGCAGUGUGGUGGAAAGUGGAUCUUAGAAGAGUGUAUAGAAUUCACAGCAUCAAUAUCCUGUUUAAAAACUACGACGGUUACGAGGCCCGACAGCGCGGUCGUUUAGCUGGAUUUUCACUGUAUGUGUCAAACAUUGAUGUAUCAAGCACUGUUGAUAUAAAGAGGUCAUCUCUGUGUUACAAGGACGGAUCUCAGUUACCACCCUUAAACUUUACCUCCACCUGUAUAAUGUUUGGACGGUACGUCAUCUACUACAACGAAAGACGUCGUGAGGUUACCUACCCUGAGAAAUAUGAACUCGAUAACGUUUUUACGGAGCUGUGCGAGGUCAUUGUAAAUGGCUGUAACGAGUCUGAUGUUUACGGCAGUGACUGUGAUAUCCAAUGUCCAACCCACUGUAAGGGUAAUAUGUGUCAUAUUCAGAAUGGAACGUGUUAUGGUUGUCCGCCUGGAUGGAUGGGAACGACAUGUAAUACAAAAUGUAGAGAAGGAUGGUACGGUAUGAAUUGUAGUCAGCAGUGUGUAGGACACUGUAGAGACAACGCUACCUGUAAUCACGUGACUGGAGGGUGUGACCCAGGAUGCGAUGCUGCAUGGACAGGAUACAUGUGUGAUAAAAAUUGUGAUAACGGCACCGAUGAUAUUGACUGUAUCAACAGAUGUCACUGUCUAAAUAAUUAUCCAUGUAAUAAGCAGACUGGUAAAUGUGAAGGAGGAUGUAACCCAGGUUACACCAACAGUAACUGUAGCAAAAAGUGUCCACCCGGAUAUUUUGGAAUGGGAUGCAGCAAUACUUGUAGUGGUCAUUGUAUAAGGAAUGAACCAUGUGACCACGUCAGUGGAGAGUGUUCUAAUGGUUGUCAGGAUGGGUUUGAAGGAACACACUGUAACAGCUCGUGCAUUGUCGGGUAUUACGGCAGGAACUGUUCUUAUGUUUGUCCCUUUACCUGUCAGACAUGCCGACACACAGACGGAAUGUGUACUUGUAAGGCAGGAUGGACGGGUCCAAGAUGUACUAAAGAAUGUCCACCCGGAUAUUUUGGAAUAGGAUGCAGCAAUACUUGUAGUGGUCAUUGUAUAAGGAAUGAACCAUGUGACCACGUCAGUGGAGAGUGUUCGAAUGGUUGUAAUGACGGGUAUGAAGGAACACACUGUAACAACUCGUGCAUUGUCGGCUAUUACGGCAGGAACUGUUCUCAUGUUUGUCCCUUUACCUGUCAGACAUGUCGACACACAGACGGACUGUGUAGUUGUAAGGCAGGAUGGACGGGUCCAAGAUGUACUAGAGAAUGCAAUGAAUCCUAUGGAGAGAAUUGUAAGCAUCCAUGCAGUAGUCACUGUGUCAACAAAACAUGUGACAGAUUUAACGGAAAUUGUGUGUAUGGGUGCACGGAGGGACACAACUGUGAUCAAAACACAGAUAACCUUCAGACAAGUGAUACAAAAUCAAUUACACUGAUCUCAAUGGCAUUGAUUGCUGCAUUUACAAUAUCUCUUGUUGUCAACGUUAUUCUCAUCAGCGCAAGUUUGAUUAGGAAGAAAUCAAAGCAGUUCUGUUGUCGGAGUUCUUCAUCAAGUGAAAAUCAGAGUGUAACUAAUGACUGCGCCUCUCAGUACCAGGAACUCAGUGUAUUAUCUGUAGGGGACAACACUUAUCAAGCUCUGACACCAAAUGUAGCUAAGGGAGACAACACUUAUCAAACUCUUGAUUAGAUAUAAUAUUGUCAUUACAUUUUUUAACAAGUUUUAUGAACCUACAAUGUAAGGUCAGGUAGAAACUGUGUACCUAGUAGUUGAAUUAACUAUUGUGUUAUGAAUAAAGCUACACGUUAAUAUGUGUCAUGUAUUCACUAUAUUGUCACCGUGUGAAAAAUACUUAUAUUUCGAGUGACAUAAUGUUUCUUGAUUAAGUGCUAAUUUUUUCUAAUUAGACCUCAUAGCUGGACAUUAAGAAGUAACCUGUAAUUGAACUAAAUAUAAAUCCUUAUUAAUCCUUUAAAUUAAUUAUUGUAUGUGUCACGAGUAACUCAAUUUAUUUACACCUGUAUGUAUGC